AUGAACGCCACUACACAAAAGACUCCCAAGACACCCAAGCCGGCCUCCGUGCCCAUUGUCCAGAACAAGCGCUGGCCCCCCAUGGCCAACCGAAACGCCCUCCCCUACAAACUCACACACCUCUCCAAGGAGAAGCUCGCCCGGGAAGCCACUGCCCCGGAUCCCGAUCUCCGUCGCUGCGUGGCACACUUCCGCCUCCACUGCGGCUCCGUCAUGUGGACCGAGAACGACAUGAAGUCGAGGAUCAGCUCCUUCGACUUCGAAGACACCGACGAUGAAGACGAGGAGGAGAUGAAGAAUGCCGAACUGCCGGUCCUCAAGUCCCGCACCCCGCCGGCCGAGUCGGAAGUCGAAGUCACCAAAGAACUGUCCACUCCGUCGCCGGAGCCGGUCGCUGUCGCGACCGCUCCUCAACCUUCCCCCGAACACACAGAGCAUGGUUUUUUGGAAAAGGGUCGCAAUUGUCUUGAGGCGACCUCUAAACACCUCUGGACAGGGGGGUCUUGCAUGGUGGGCCCGAUUGCGGGCUGA